AUGAGUAUAAUUAUUUCAACUUUUAGUUUGAUUCAAACUCAAUUGACAAGAAGAGGUAGGGAUUUGAAGGAAUAUAUACAGGGAGAGUUGGAUGAUAUGAUUAGAAUACAUACACUUCUGGGGAAAAGAUUGUUCCACUCUACUACUAGAGUGCUCAAUGCUCAAGGAAGAACUCCACUUCAGGAAUAUGACCGUUUAGUCUCGGUGGGUAAACUAAGAGAUGAUCCAUAUCAAAGAGGUAUCAUAGCAUCUUUGGGAGAUUUACACGAACAAUUGACAAGAUAUCAACCACAGAUAGUGGAUACGCCUAAUCCAGAUAAUUUGAAACCGAAAACUGGGCUUUCUAAAAUGUUUGCUAAUGUAUUCCAUAAAAAAGCUGAAUUCACUUCAAAAGAUUAUGAAACUAUUCCUAAAGGUAUUUACCUAUAUGGUGAUGUUGGGUGUGGGAAAACUAUGCUUAUGGAUCUAUUCUACUCAACUAUCCCAAAACAUUUACCCAAAAAAAGAUUGCAUUUCCAUCAAUUUAUGCAAAACUUACAUAAACGAUCUCAUCAAUUGAAAAUGAAACAUGGUUCUUCAGAUCUUGAUACAAUUCCCUUAUUAUCUGCAGAAAUUGCACAAGAAGCUACUGUGUUAUGUUUUGAUGAAUUCCAAGUUACAGAUGUUGCAGAUGCGAUGUUAUUACGUCGUUUAUUGACGAGAUCUCUUAGACCAGAUCAUGGAUUAGUACUUUUCGCAACUUCAAAUAGAGCACCAGAUGAUUUAUAUAUCAAUGGUAUCCAAAGAGAAUCUUUCAUUCCGUGCAUUCAAUUACUAAAACAAAGAACUGAAGUGAUUUAUUUGAACUCUCCAACUGAUUACAGAAAAGUUCCAAAACCAAUAUCAUCAGUUUAUUAUUAUCCAAAACCUGGUGUUCCUUUCACUGGUAAAGCUUCACAAGCCGCCGCUGCAGCACAUGUUGAACAAUGGUAUGAAUUCUUUUCUCAAGGACACAAAGCUGAAAAUGAUAUAGAAUUGACAAUUUGGGGUAGAAAAUUGAAAGUUCCAAAAGGUUCGCCCCCAUAUGUUGCACAAUUUACAUUUGAAGAAAUUUGUGGUAGUCCAUUAGCUGCAGGUGAUUAUCUUUCAUUAGCAACAUCUUUCAAUGCUUUUAUAAUCACAGAUAUCCCGUACUUAUCUAUAAAUGUUAGAGAUAAAGUCAGAAGAUUCAUUACAUUUUUGGAUGCUGUUUAUGAUAAUCAUGGUAGAUUAUCAGUGACUGUUCCAGCACCUUUUGAAGAUUUAUUUGUCGAGCCUGAAGAUAUAAAAGGAAGUGCAUAUGAGUUAAGUAUUUCCCCUAAGAAUUCUGAGGAAAUUGAUGAAAGUUUUGAAGAUGAUGAUUUAGUUCAAACACAUGGGUUCAGUAAAAAAAUUGCUAAAAAAGCUCAAUUAUUUGGUACUUUAGAUGAAGAAAGAUUUGCCUUCGCAAGAGCUUUAAGUAGAUUAUCACAAAUGUCAACUCAAGAUUGGGUUGAUAAUAAUGCACCAAAAUGA